AUGGGCCCCUGUACCGCCUCCUCAUGCUGCUGCCAGGCCCGUAAUCUGUCAUGGGCCCCCGUACCGACUCCUCAUGCUGCUGCCAGGCCCGUAAUCUGCCAUGGGCCCCCGUACCGACUCCUCAUGCUGCUGCCAGGUCCAGAGUGUGUCAUGGGUCCCUGUACGGCCUCCCAUUGCUGCUGCCAGGCCCGUAAUCUGCCAUGGGCCCCCGUACCGCCUCCUCAUGCUGCUGCCAGGCCCGUAAUCUGUCAUGGGCCCCUGUACCGCCUCCUCAUGCUGCUGCCAGGUCCAGAGUGUGUCAUGGGUCCCUGUACGGCCUCCCAUUGCUGCUGUCUCCAUCGCCACACUCUGCCAUGUGCCACUUUCAGGUCUCCUCACACUGCUGGUGGGUUCCAUUUUGUCAUAGGGUGCUGUAUGGCCUCCCAUUGCUGCUGCCUCCACCGCCACACUGUGGCUCCACACUCUGGUUUUGGCCCCGUGACUGCCCAAAUGAGUGAAGUGUGCGGUGAUUCUAAGAUGGACGGCACUCAUCUGCAUGUCAUACUGACUGACAGUAUUAUUUCUCUUCCCCAGCAGACUCCAAGGGCAUUUAAAUUAAAGGUACAGUGUUCUGCACUAAUAUAA